AUGCUGGCACCGUUGAAGCCGUCCCCGCCGUCGGCGUCGCUGCUGCGAUAUCUCCGAUCGCAGUCAGAGAUCGCUAUUGGCGCGACAGCCCGCGUUCGCCCAAGGGCUCGCCUUCAGUGCCAGGAGUCAUUCGCGGCCGGGUCAUCUCGCAGAUCCUCAAACUGGGUACGCCCCGGUCGGACACAAUGCCUUCCGAGUUUGACAGCAGACCUUCUCGCCAGUUCAGGCGCGCGAUCGAAACCUGCAGCACCUUCGUUCGUCUCCGAGCCGUUGACCGUCUCCCGAAAUGCCUCUACGGUCCGCCGACCAUUCCUCAAACGACUGUUUGACUAUAAGCGGAAUAAGACUGCCGAAUACAAGAACCAGCGCAAUGCAGGCCCCACGCUGAUUGAUGAUGGGACAGACGGAAUAUUUAAUGUUGGCCGUGGACUCGCUGCCAAAGCUUCUAAUGAGCUGCGGAUCCGAUGCACGGAAUUCGACAACAGCGGGAAUGUCACACUUGUUAAUGGGGAGUUUCGCAAGCUCGAGUUGAUCGCAAAGUAUGGCCUCCUCCCCCGCGACCUACGUAAGAUCGAUUCUUCUACACUGCCUCACAUCUUGGUUCGACCGAGCGCUAUUCUCAUCAACCUGCUACAUUUAAAGGUCUUGAUCAAAUCAGACCGCGUCCUUGUGUUUGACGCCUAUGGGUCAACUGACUCAUACAUGCAAUCACUUUUCAUCUAUGAUCUCGAAGCGAAGUUGCGUCAGAAGUCUUCGCCAGCGGCACAGGGUGGACAAGCUCUGCCAUAUGAGUUCCGCGCACUGGAAGCAGUUCUGAUCAGUGUGACAAGUGGUUUGGAAGAAGAGUUCAAUGGAGUCAGAGACCCCGUCGUACGCGUUCUUCGAGCGCUUGAAGAGGAUAUCGACCGCGAUAAGCUGCGACAUCUCUUGAUCUACUCCAAGAAGCUGGGUACCUUUGAGCAGAAGGCUCGCCUAGUUCGAGAUGCUAUUGAUGACCUGCUCGAAGCCGACGACGAUUUGGCCGCCAUGUACCUCACUGAGAGGUCACAUGGCAAGGAGCGGGAAGAAGAUGACCACCAAGAGGUCGAGAUGCUGCUGGAAUCGUACCACAAAGUUUGCGAUGAAAUCGUCCAGGCUAGCGGCAGCUUGGUUACCGGCAUCCGCAACACAGAAGAAGUCGUCAAAGCGAUUCUCGAUGCCAAUCGUAACUCCCUCAUGCUUCUCGACCUGAAAUUCAGCAUCGGAACUCUUGGACUCGCAACAGGAACCUUAUUUUCGGCUCUCUAUGGAAUGAACUUGAAGAACUUUAUCGAAGAAGACGACUUCGGCUUCGGCGGCGUCUCGUUUAUCUGCUUCGUCCUCACCGCAGUCGUCUGCUACUACGGACUCGGCCGACUGCGCAAGCUCCAACGCGUGCGCAUGUGGGGUGAGGGUGGUGUUGGAAGUGCCUCCCUGACUCCACCGCUAUCACCAAGACGUGCAAGCAUCACCUCCCCUCGCAGCAACUGGCGCGCCGACUCCAUUGAGCCAGUCUGGGGUAGUCUCCCAGGCGAAGCACGAUCCGAUCGGAUGAAGCGAUUCCGCGAGAACUCGGCCGCAGCUGCAGCUGGUGCUGCCUCGAGAACACCGGGAACAACCUCAGCUGCUGCUGCGACUGCUGCGUUCGAAUCUGCAUUGAAAUCCGAAGUCGACAAGAGCGGACAGCAAGCUGGCGCGUCGCAGAGCAAUAGCUCUGGUACUAGAAGCUAA